AUGUUUUCUUCAUCUCUGCAAUCAAAUCUUUCCUUAUUAUCUCUAAAAACAAAAUUAAACACACCCAUCAUUAGAAGAAACUCUACAACAGUAAGAUGUGGACCAAGAAACAAUCGAGGUCCAUUAGUGAAAGGAAGAAGUUUAAGUACAGAAGCAAUGCAAGCAGUUCAAGCACUUAAAAGGGCAAAAGGAGAUGAACUCAAAAUCAAUGAAAUCAUUUCAAAAAACCUCUCUCGGUUAAUCAAAAACGAUUUAUUGGCUUCACUAAGUGAAUUACUUAGACAAGGUCACUGUGAGCUAGCUAUGAAAGUGUUUGUUGAAGUGAAAUCAGAUUUAUAUGUAAAGACUAAUGUUUCUCUGUAUGCUGAUAUUGUAUCUGCUUUGAGUAAGUAUGGAAUGAUGCAAGAGAUUGAUGAUGUGAUUUCUGAGAUGGAGUUUGAAGUUUUGAUGGGUGAUGAUAGAGGACUUUCUAGGUUGAUUAAGGGUUUGAUUUCUGCUGGGAGGAAGGAGUCUGUUGUUAGGGUUUAUAGGUUGAUGAAAGAGGGGGAAUGGGGAUCUGGUGUAAGUGUUGAUGAAUAUGUUGUUAGGAUUUUGAGUAAAGGGCUUAGAAGAUUGGGUGAAAAUGAUGUUGCUGAUGAAGUUGAUGCACAGUUUGGGGUUUCUAUUGAUGGGGUAUUGGAGAAAUUGAGUAGUGUUUGA